AUGGAAAAGGCUAUGCAUAUGGAGACUGUCAAUACCGAGUUUCAGUUUUGUUACCAGCUUCCCGAUGAAGACAGCAUCCACACCAACCAAGAAGAAGAGCAUACGCAAAAACAUGAUGAGAAUUUAGCCGAUGCUCAAGAAGAAGCAGACAGUUCGGUUGGUCCUGGGAAAACGGCUCAAGACUUUCCAGGUCUUCCGUCUGGUGGUGAUCUGACUGAUGGCAUGGCGCCUCAUCAAGAGAUGAUGACCCAACCACAGAGCUCCUCGAUAAUGGCUUCCCUCAGAUCUUCGUUUUCAUCUAUCCUCGGCCGAUCUGCCGCUGCUGCUAAAGCACAAGUAGCAAACGACAGUUCACGAGCAGAGAACCUAACCGCGAUAGCCGCCUGGGUUUUUGGGCCAACUAUGCUAGGAGCUGCCGGUGUUCAGGCCUACGCGGCGAUGAAGAGUGCCAAUGCGACUGAGAGGGCUGCCAAAGCCCGAGAGUUCGCAAACCGUGCCAAAGAAUGGAAACCUCAAACGACCGAUAACAGUGUCCCGGCCCCGAGGGGUGACAGGCCGCAAGGUCCUGGGGGAAAUGAAAAUGUUGUAGAAUCGCCUCCAGAGGUCAAAAGACUCGCUGAAGUGAUAGAUCAACAGCAAGAGGUUCGAAAUGUUUCAGCCACCGCAAUUACAUCUUCUGCCAUUAAUGGGGCCUCAAAGAGGGCAGAUUUUGGGGCAAACAAAACCAGAGUUCAGAGCAUUAGAUCCAAAUGUAUUCUGCCUCUGCCAAGUCGUCACAACAGUCGCCUACGGCAAAAUUACCUCAGUCAGAGCCACCUACAAGCCAGAUUCGCCCGGGACUUUCACAAAAGGCAAUAG